AUGAGCCUUGGUGGUGGCGAUCUACAAGUCAUAUUAAGGCGUAUACGUCAUGGCUUUAUUGUCUGUGAUGAUUCAGAAUUAUGCGAUAAAAUUAUUAGUCAAGAUGCAGAAAGUGAACAACGACGAAGAACUUUAGCAAAAUCAAAAUCGAUUAAUAUCGAAAAAAAUGAUUUAUUGAAUUUGCUACGAACAGAACCAGAUUUUAUUCUUGAUGAAUUAUCUCAUUCACCCGAAUGGACUGUGACCAAUGUUCAAGUACAACGAGUUCGUUGUGCAACAUUGGGUCGACUCGAUGAAAUCAAAACUGAAAAUGAAGCUAAACGAAAAGUACAAAUAAUUUCUUGGAUAGAUCCAACUAAAGCUCAAGAAACCAAUGAAUUAAAUCAUUCCGAAAAAAAUAAUGAUGACUCUGCAUCAUCUCUAUUUCAACGUCGUACAGAACCAAUUAUACCUCUAAAACAUCCAUCACCUCUUACAGCUCUUAUUCAAUCGGCAACAAAUAAACACAAUCCAUUUGCCCAAUAUGCAAAAUACGAUGGAACACCAAAUAUUAGCUCUAAUCAAUCGAAAAAGUUUACUGUUAACUUCCAAUCUCAAAACCAAAAACUUCAAAUUAUUGUUGCUUCAAAUGCUACAGUAACGGAAACAAUUGGUUUUGUUUGUUAUAAAUAUACAAUCGAAAAUCGCGAGCCAGCUCUAACUCAAAGUGAUCCGUCCAAAUAUUGUCUUCAUAUUGCCGAUGAUGAUGGUGAACUGGAUGAAUUUCCCCCAUUAACGAAUGAUCGAGCCAUUGGUCACUUUGAUUUUCCUCAUUUAAUAUUAAUUGAACAACAGAAUAAACCAUCGGGACCUAUUGACAAUAAAAUAGAUGACAAUUCUAGUGAUAUAGAAACUGAUGAUGACGAUGGCUCAUUUGAGAAUUCUUCUCGUUCAGCAACACCACCAUCAGCUGAACGUCGAAAAUCGUUGAGUUCAGUAGGAAAGGUUUCAACGAAUAAUUUUGUCCAAAAUGGUCCCGCAACAGCUGAUCCAAUAGAUAAUUUAAAUCGUUUAUACGAAAGUCUUAAUCAAAAAUCAUAUUUUUUCGACUAUUAUACUAAACUAGGUGGCAACAAACAUGUUAAAAUUCGUAUUGAUGUAUCCGGUGAACAAGUACGCUUUGAUUUAUUAGAAAAAUCAACUAGAUUAACCUGGCAAAGUAUGCCAUUAACAACACAACGUUUAAUUGAUUGUAAUCUAUUAAACAAAGAUAAAUACCGGAAAAAAGAUCGUACACGUGUUUAUCUUGUAUUUGAAAGUCAACAAGAAUCUGACGGCUCACAUGUAUAUCAAACGUAUGAAUUAGAAUCAACCGUAGAAAUCGCUGAACAUUUUCGUGAUCAAAUUCUCAACAUAAUUCAAUUAAAGAAUCCACAGGGUCAUGAUACUUAUGAACAGCAACAACAACAACGUGAGAAUACAAAAAAACGACGUUCUUUUUUGAAUAUAUUUGGAGCAGGGCCUGCUGGAAGCGGCUAA